GGGCGGGGCGCCCCGUGGUGGAGGACUCUGCGACAGCAGGAGUGUAAGAACGAAUGUGCUGGAGGGGGUGCAAGGAGGUGGAGCCGCGCCCGCUGGUGUGCCUGGGGCUGGAGGUGGCGAUGUGUCAGGUGUGAGAGGCUCUGAAUGUGUUUCCACAAGGGACUAUGCCUGUGUGUGUGUGUGUGUGUGUGUGUGUGUGUGUGAGUGUGGGGGCAUGGUGAGAGUGUAAGAGUGUGUGAGCGAGAGUGUGAUUAUGAGCCUUGGGUGUGACUUUGUUAUGGGGUGUGCACUUAAGGAGUGCGAAGGCAGACGGGAGCAUGGGUGAGUGCUGGGGUUUGGGAAAGGACCCGUGUGAGUGUGAACCUGACCAGGAGAGGGAUUGUGUGUGAGCGUGUGUGCGCAGGUGAGGACACCUGAGGACCCAGGUGAGUGGGAGUGUGAGGGUGUAAACACAGGCAUGUGUGAGCACAUCAACUGCCCUUGGGUUUGUGUGCCUCAGUUUAGUUUCGCUCUUGAAUGGAGGAUACCCAGGUGUGGGGGAGAUCACUGAGCUCUCUAACAUCUGGAGAAAAUUUGAGAGGUAUCUCACUCCUGGCUGGGGAUUCCAGACCAGGUUGAAGGUUGCUUGGGCACUUGGGUUACCCUAUUCCUUGGCCUGGGUGGGAGUAGGGGGUUUCCAAGCCUCCUGCAGUUUCCCACGUGGGAGACCUGCUGUCAGUUACUGGCUCUGGAGACUCUGUUUCCAUGGCAACAGCCGGGGCGGGGGGUGCCUCUUCAUGGGCAGCCUUCCUUGGACUCUGUCCCCCCCACCCUCUUGCUGAGCCUGGAAGCCUGGCCCCAGGCCCGGGGUUGGGCAACCAGGGUGACAGGGUGUCUCCAUCCCCCAUCCCAGCGCCUCCCUGUGACCUGACGGGUCUCUUCCCGCAGGUGACCAGCGCCAUGUCCAGCCAGGUGGUGGGCAUUGAGCCUCUCUACAUCAAGGCAGAGCCAGCCAGUCCUGACAGCCCAAAGGGUUCCUCGGAGACUGAGACUGAGCCCCCCGUGGCCCUGGCCCCUGGCCCAGCUCCCACCCGCUGCCUCCCAGGCCACAAGGAGGAGGAGGAUGGGGAGGGGGCUGGGCCUGGCGAGCAGGGUGGUGGGAAGCUGGUGCUCAGCUCCCUGCCCAAACGCCUCUGCCUGGUCUGUGGGGACGUGGCCUCCGGCUACCACUAUGGUGUGGCAUCCUGUGAGGCCUGCAAAGCCUUCUUCAAGAGGACCAUCCAGGGGAGCAUCGAGUACAGCUGUCCGGCCUCCAACGAGUGCGAGAUCACCAAGCGGAGACGCAAGGCCUGCCAGGCCUGUCGCUUCACCAAGUGCCUGCGGGUGGGCAUGCUCAAGGAGGGGGUACGUCUGGACCGUGUCCGGGGAGGGCGACAGAAGUACAAGCGGCGGCCAGAGGUGGACCCGCUGCCCUUCCCAGGCCCCUUCCCUGCUGGACCUCUGGCAGUAGCUGGAGGCCCUCGGAAGACAGCCCCGGUGAAUGCACUGGUGUCCCACCUGCUGGUGGUUGAGCCUGAGAAGCUGUAUGCCAUGCCCGACCCCGCGGGCCCUGAUGGACACCUCCCAGCCGUGGCUACCCUCUGUGACCUCUUUGACCGAGAGAUCGUGGUCACCAUCAGCUGGGCCAAGAGCAUCCCAGGUUUCUCGUCACUGUCGCUGUCUGACCAGAUGUCAGUUCUGCAGAGCGUGUGGAUGGAGGUCCUGGUGUUGGGUGUGGCCCAGCGCUCACUGCCACUGCAGGAUGAGCUGGCCUUCGCCGAGGACCUGGUCCUGGAUGAAGAGGGGGCUCGAGCAGCUGGCCUGGGGGAACUGGGGGCUGCCCUGUUGCAACUGGUGCGGCGACUGCAGGCCCUGCGGCUGGAGCGCGAGGAGUACGUUCUGCUGAAGGCCCUGGCCCUCGCCAAUUCAGACUCCGUGCACAUUGAAGAUGCUGAGGCUGUGGAGCAGCUUCGAGAAGCUCUACACGAGGCUCUGCUGGAGUAUGAAGCUGGCCGGGCAGGCCCCGGAGGGGGUGCUGAGCGGAGGCGGGCAGGCAGGCUGCUGCUUACACUACCGCUCCUUCGCCAGACGGCAGGCAAAGUGCUGGCCCAUUUCUAUGGGGUGAAGCUGGAGGGCAAGGUGCCCAUGCACAAGCUGUUCCUGGAAAUGCUUGAGGCCAUGAUGGACUGAGGCGAGGGCUGGGCACAGGUGGGGGUGCUGGCAGGACCCGCCCAGCACGGGGUCAGCCCCAAGGGGGCAGAGCUGGGGUCUGGGCAGUGCCACAGCCUGCUGGCAGGGCCAGGGCAACACCAUCAGCCGGAGCAGGCCCUAUGCCCUCCCCUCCCCCCUCCCAGGGGGUGUCAGAAGCUGGGAACGUGCAUGCCCAGGCUCUGGGCACAGUGCUGCCCCUCGCAAGCCAUAACGUGCCCCCAGGGUGUAGGGGGCCUUGCGGAAGCCAUAGGGGGCUGUAGGGGACGUGUGUGUGUGUGUGUGUGUGGGGGUGGGGUGGGGUGGGGUGGGGUGGGGGGGCAGAAGCCUGAUCUCAGGGAGGGAAGGGAGUGGAGGCCACAGUCUCCCAGUGGGUGAUGCUUUUGCUGCUGCUUAAUCCGACUUCCUCUCCAGAACACAGAGGAAUUUGGAGAGCAAAGGCCCCUGCUCCCUUCGCUCCUUUCCUCAUCAUUUGCAUUGGGCAUUACUGCCCCCCGCCCCUUGAAGCAAUAACUCCAAGCAGGCUCCAGCCCCUGGGCCCCUGGGGUGGCCAGGGCGCCCCCAUCAGCUCCCACCCAGCCUCCUCACGGGGUAGGGAGAGCACUGUCU